AUGCAACCAGACAGAAAGAUGAAGAAACAAGGCACGGUUGAUAGAUUGAAAGUGAAGGGGACUCCAGCUCCCCGGAACACACCGACGUCACCGUUGUUGUCAAUGUCAAAAGCAAACAGAGCGACAAAUCCAACUGUGGCAGCUGUUGACAGGUCGUAUGAGUUUAUCUUGCGCAAGGCGAACAGGAAAGCGUUGGAGCAGAUGCCAGCCGGACCUAGUCAUAUCACCAGACGUAUGGACUUCCUAAACAGAAUUCAGCACGCCAAUUUUGGAAUAUCAACAAUGGAUUCUCCAUAUAUAACUAGUGAAGGGACCGUUGUUGACGACCGACCUAAAUUUGUUCUUUGUGGACAGCCGCUAAAUGGUUAUUCCCCAAAGUCAUUCGUUAAGUACUUUAGUGACCAACGAGUGGGGAGCUUUAAAACAUCGGCGCAUGAGAUAUAUCGGGCGCGCCAUAAUAUUAGAACCAGAGCUCGUAGUGAACCUACAUGGAAAACAACAGAAAAACAAAAUGGUGACAAUUCGUCUGCAAAAACUGAUUUCAAAGACACCAGAAGUAUACAUUCAUCAUCUUUCAUUUCCGUUCCCUCCUCUGCUAGUGAGAGCGUAACACUUCCGGCCAUGAGACCGUCCACAGUGGAUAAAUCGAAAUCUUCUUUUGAAUUAAAAGGAAGAAGUUUCAAACCUGUCAACGGCCUAAGUCUUGGCCUUUCUUCCACCGUCAGUGGAGAUUUCGUAAUUUCGAAGAAUAAUUCAAGAAUGUCGAAAGAAGACAAGAGGGAAACUGAUGGAACGUCUUCCACUCCUAAUCAAACAAGCCAACCUAAUCAAAGCGGGUCAGCUUUCUUACAUAUCAAUAAUGACCCCCAGGAGGUAACAAUUGCUGCAGAUAACGGUAGUGACUUCCCUAAAAACAAUAAAUCGUUUGCUAAGAAAGGAAUACGUUACUUCAAUAACCCCUAUAGACUCCUGAAACACAGGGAAAGACAGGUCGCUGUCAGAACACAAAAUUUAGAUAUGAAAUCAGUUCAGAAAAUAGCAAAUAUGUCAAAUGAGACCAUGUCUGAUUCAGAGAAAGUCCUUGAAAAUUUGCCGCGAGGUGCAUCAUCGGAGCAACUCCUUUUAGAAAUGAUGUUUGAAUCUAACGGGCAAAAGACCCGUAGGUCACAUGUCAGUGGAAAAUACUCGGACAUCGCUCUUCACAGAGAUUUAGACGAAUACAUGGUUGUGCGUACGCCACCUUCUUCCACCAGAGACUCACCCGUGAAGUCACAUCGGGGGAAGAGUGGCAAAAGAUAUUUAGAAGAGCUGGAAGAGGAGUCACAUUGGGCUGGUAACGAUAUCAAUGAAGUGGGAAUUAUUAAUAAGAUUACUACGUAG